GCUCAGACGCGCUCGGCGUUCAGACCCAUAAGGACCCCGAUGGCCCCUAACCAGAGGGACUGCGCUAACCAGACGACCAGCCCAGGCUCCAAGCUCCCCUAGCGAAGGCAGGACUCCGAGAGCCUGCUCCUGGAAUACCGCAUUGUUUUAUAAUUGCCAACAAGAGAGAGGAAGGGGAAGAUGCUGAUGAUGCGCCCGCGAUGGUGGAUUUCCCUUUUGUGCGUCUGUGGAUUGAUGCACGUCGGUCAUCAGAACAGCCCAAAUGCCCAAAAUGGAGGCGCCUUGGCGAGCUUGAAGGCUCAUCGUGAUGCAGGCAGAUUUGUCGGGAAGGAGGACACGGUUCCUCUCCGCCUGCUCUACAGUCGGCACAACCACAGCCAGAUCACAGAGGACGAGCUCAGCACCAGGGUGAAAGCCAGCUCUGGCUCCACACAGGUGAACCAUGUGGCCCAAGCAAGCUUUCAAGUCGAUGCUUUUGGAAGAAAAUUCAUCUUGGAUGUGGAACUGAACCAUGAUCUGCUGUCAUCGGGGUACGUGGAGAGGCAUUUGUCAGAGAAAGGGAAGACUGUCGUCACCAGUGGAGGAGAGCACUGCUACUAUCAGGGGAAGGUCAGAGACAUUCCUCACUCCUUUGUGGCCGUCUCAACCUGUCACGGAUUGCAUGGGAUGUUUUUCGAUGGCAAUCACACCUACAUGAUUGAACCUGGAGGACAGGGCAACAGCAAUGGAGAUGUCCGCAUUCACAUGAUAUAUAAAUCUGCAGGGCAUGAGGGAUUUAAUGAUCUCCUCAAUGGUGAUUUUCCAGAGCCGCCUUUUCCAAGUCCUCCAUUUCCCGGGUCAAGAGUUGUUCACAGGAGAAAGAAGAGACAGGCUCCACAUGUGUCACACAAUGUAGAGGAUGAGACCAAAUACAUUGAGUUGAUGGUGAUCAAUGACCAUUUAAUGUACAAGAAGCAUCGGCUUUCCGUUGGACACACGAAUAACUAUGCUAAGUCAGUGGUCAAUAUGGCUGACAUGAUUUUCAAGGAACAGCUUAAUACCCGGAUUGUGCUGGUCGCCAUGGAAACAUGGUCAGCUGACAACAAGUUCAACAUUGACGAUGACCCCAUGGUGACGCUGAGGGAGUUCAUGAAGUAUCGAAAAGACUUCAUCAAGGAGAAAUGCGACUCUGUUCACCUCUUCUCAGGGAACCGUUUCCAUAGCAGCUGGGGUGGAGCUUCCUAUAUGGGAGGAGUUUGCUCCCUGACUAAAGGAGGGGGAGUCAAUGAGUACGGGAAAACAGAUGAGAUGGCAAUAACCCUCGCUCAGUCUCUUGGACAGAACAUUGGCAUCUUCUCUGACAAGAAGAGGAUCCUCAAUGGCGAGUGCAAGUGUGAUGAUCGUUGGUCGGGCUGUAUCAUGGAUGAUGUUGGUUUCUACCUGCCCAAGAGGUUCUCCGACUGCAACGUGGAGGAGUUCCAUAACUUUCUAAACAGCGGUGGAGGAGCCUGCCUGUUCAACAAACCUCUGAAGCUUUUGGACCCUCCGGUGUGUGGAAAUGGCUUUGUGGAGCCAGGAGAGGAGUGUGACUGUGGCAGCCCAGUGGAGUGUGCCAGAGAGGGGGAGGCCUGCUGCAACAAAUGCAUUCUGACCCAAGGCUCCAAGUGCAGCAAUGGACUCUGCUGCAACACAUGCCAGAUGGAGUUCAUGGGCGUUGUGUGCAGAGAUGCAGUGAAUGACUGCGACAUCCCAGAAAACUGCACCGGCAAUUCCAGCCAGUGUCCUCAAAAUGUGCACAAGAUGGAUGGUUACACAUGUGAAAAAGACCAGGGACGCUGCUUCAAUGGAAGGUGCAAAACCAAAGACAGACAGUGCAAGUACAUUUGGGGAGAGAAGGCCACAGCUGCUGACAAGUUCUGCUACGAGAAGUUAAACAUUGAAGGGACAGAGAAAGGCAACUGUGGAAAGGAAAAGGACACCUGGGUCCAGUGUAACAAACAGGAUGUUCAUUGCGGUUACCUGCUCUGCUCCAACAUCUCACCUUCCCCGCGACUGGGAGAACUGCAGGGAGGGCUGACCUCUUUCUCAGUAGCCCGGCACAGUGCCUCUCUUGACUGCAGCGGUGCUCACGUGCUGAUCGAUGGAGACACUGACCUGGGAUACGUCGAGGAUGGGACCGCCUGUGGGACAGACAGCAUCUGUUUUAAUCACAGAUGUCUCCCCAUCCAACAGUUCAACUUCAGCACCUGUCCCGGGACCACCGACAAGACCGUCUGCUCUGGACACGGGGUGUGCAGUAGUGAGCUGAAGUGUGUGUGUUACCUGGGAUGGGCAGGAGAGGACUGUAACUCCACGUCUCCUCUCAGUUAUCUUGUGGUCGGACCCACUGCUUCAGUCUCAGGUAUCAGCAGUACCAACAUCGUCAUCGGGGCCAUCACAGGCUCCAUCCUCGUCCUCGCGCUCAUACUGGCUUCUACAGCCUGGUGUUACAAGAGCUACAAGCAGAGACGCUAUGUUGAGUCUGAAGUUCACCGAAGAUUCUGCCGGCAAAUGCCCCCAGGUGACUAUGUAACAAAGCCUGGGGAUGCCGACUCAUUUUACAGUGACAUGCCUCCAGGUGUCAGUACAAACUCUGGCUGCAGCUCCAAGAAGAGGUCAGCCUGCCUGUCGCACCUGCAGAUUUGCACGCUGUCCUUCACUCCCUCCUUCCCAUCCAUUUCUCAGAACAUCUCACUGUUUGGCUUCAGAUCUAAUGGACUAUCUCACUCGUGGAGCGAGAGAAUCCCUGAUGCCAAACACAUCUCUGACAUUUGUGAAAACGGGCGACCGAGGAGCAACUCAUGGCAAGGAAAUCUGAGCGGAAAUCGUAAGAAACUGAAAGGAAAGAAGUUCCGUGCUCGCUCCAACUCCACAGAGACAUUAUCUCCCGCCAAGUCUCCCACUUCCUCUACAGGAUCUAUUGCAUCCAGCAGGAGAUACCCCUACCCCAUGCCCCCUCUCCCCGAUGACCAGAGGAAAGCCAACAGGCAGAGCGCAAGGCUGUGGGAGACUUCAAUAUAACAGCCUUCUUACCCACCCAGUCCUCAAGGAACUACACUCGUCUCUCCUUUUCUAUGAAUGAAAAACAUAAAAAUGAAACACAAUUGACUCUAACCGACUUAAAGAGAGAGGGCUCCCCACUUGAGUGGACAUAGGCAAAGGUCUGUGUGAGUGAGUGUGUAUAAGCAUCUCCAAGGCUGUCUUGCCAGGCGGCGACAUUCAGCAGAUCUCUACAAGACGAUGCAGAGUGCCGGCAGAGAAACCAGCUCCACAUCCACUCCAGACCAGCUGGAGCUCGGACUGAGCUGUUCCUGUCUGCUCAGGCCUCAACUAUAGGACUGGAAACCCCCUCUACUCCAACUCUUUACCUGUCCUUAAACAUCUACACAACCUCUUUACAUCCUCUGUCAAUAGACUUCAUACUCCCCCCGCUACUUGUUUCUAGCGAGAAGAAACAUUUGAGCAGGGAGCAGGUCAUCAUAUCACACUGCAUCUCUGGAUUUGUUGGAUUAUUUUGAUGCACGUGAUUCACUGUAGAAACUCCAACACUGUAUGCAUGUGACAACCCUGUUUAUGAGCAACCUCCUCUUACUGAAAAGACAAGAAGAGCAGUGGUCCAAUCUGAGAGGAAAGCAUGCGAGGGGGCAGUGAUUUUAAUACCAUCUGUAGGCUUAGAUGCUUUUUCUCCACUAUAGGUAACCCAUAUUGUAUCACCAGUUAUUACCCAUAACCCAUGACAUGGACCCAACUUGACCCUGUCCUGCCCUUAUUCCCUUCAGUAUGUUUGUGCGUGUGUAAAUAUGUACAGUAAAAAUACACACAGAGUAUGUUUUUGCUUUUACUUUGAAAGGGUAAAAGAUUGAGAAGUCUCUUCCUGCUGUAUUAUGUUGUAGACAGAAGCGGAUCUCUGUAGAUAAGCGUAGGAGACCCCGCACUUGUUUUUCUGUCUGUGUUCGUUUUAAUUUCUUUCCCUCUGGCUUUUUCCUGUGUGACUGUGACCUCUAUAGCUUUUUCCAUCCACAGCAGAAUGUAAAAGUGUUUUUAUAUUAUCUUAACACAAGUUUCCAUCCAUCUCUGGGAGAAAUACACAGACAUCCAGUUAUGACUGAGGGAAGAAUUGAUAACAUUUUUGAAUGUGGCACAUUAAGAAUGCUGCUGGAAGUGGUUGUUGAUGAGUAUUAUUUAGUAAAAAUUGAAAUAGUUUUAUGUGCCAUUCUUGAGUUAAAUGUCAGGGAUGUGUUUUGUGUAGUUGUAGAUGUGCCACUUUUCACUCAUGGUGGUUUUGGAAAUUUCAAAUUGAUAAUAUUACGAUGUUAGUUCCCCCAUGAUUCUACACUCGAGUGUUGGGGUGUACUCCCAUUUUCACUGUUGCAGCACAUGAAGUCGCUAAGAUGAACGUGAGAAUAACAAUAAUGGGAGCGCAGUUGAUGACUUGGGGCGAGGAAUCUGAAAACUGACUGUGCAUUUUGGAUUUAGCUGUAAUGAUUGAGAUAUUUAGCCUUGUAAAUGAUUAACUAUGCUGUACAGUGCUUGCUGUUUGAGCUUGUGAAGACCAACGGCAUGACAGUUCUAUAAUCAAAUGAUUUUAUUUCUCUGGUAGGCUAUUUGUGAGACCAUAACGGGAAACAAGCAUGUCACUGAAAUACUUUUUCCCCUCAUUGCCUAUUUGCUGUUGUCUAAAUUGGUUUGUGUACCAGGGAUUACACUGCUUGUCAGCAAAGUCAGGGCAAUUCAUGUCAGGAGGUUUAAAAACUGAUUGAGAAUGGAGUUUUAGUGCUGAUGUGAUGCCAGUGUAGCUAUUUAAGCUUGAUUUUCUUGAAAACUACCCCCAUCUCACUCCCCAAAAGCAAGUCCUUUGUACAGUUACAACUCAUUGUUCUAAAUUGUUGUCUUAAGGCCUCCUGUUUGUCAUUUUACUGUUGUUUUGUUUUUGUUUUGGUGUGGGCACCAAUUAAUUUGUAAUUAAUGUAUGCGUUAGGACUGUAUAGUUAAUAAGAUCUUCACAGUAUUGGAUUAAUGUUGCUACUAGUAUCUUUUUUUAUUAAGUACCUUUGUAAUGUUCACUAUUUUCUUAGCGUUAUGUACAGCAACGAUUCAAACAGUAAUUAAGUGCAUUAUUGUAAUUAUGUGUGUUGAUGAGUUUGAAUGGAGACCGGUUUUUUUAAACACAUUUGUCCUGGGGCCAAUAGAAUCAGUCGUUCCUCUGGCAUGUGCUAAUCUGUAUCAUAUAAGGUUUGGACACACGUAAUGUUGUAAAUGAGAUCUAUAUAGGCUCAUGAUUUGCCUUCUACCAGAGCCUUCUUCUGUGCUCUGAUCUUCUUAAAGUAUUUGUCAGCGUCUGGUGGCACAGUCAUCUUCCUGGGCUACACCAAGGGUUGCGGAGAGCGUUAUCUCAGAGCUUUGAGUAAUAUUUUUAACAUCAUAAUACUGUGCAACAGCUAAACAUUUUGUCUGGUUUUAUGGACAUUGCACUAUACGACAUUCUUAGGACUCUCCGCUCAGGAUGGGACCACCUGGACUGCAGUCAAUCCUCCGAACAUAUUGUCUGCACACGAUUGGACUGACGAUCGUAACAGGACGACUCUGGCAAAACGUCCCCUCAGAUGAGCUGUCUGUCUCUAUCUGGCCAGAGACUUGAAUGUAUUCAUGUACCACCCAGUCUCAACCAUGUGGUCCCAUCCUGCCAGACACAUCAGCACUCUGCUGCAGGAACUUUGAAAAACCCCACAUGUACUACUACUAAAUACUGCAUUUGCUGUCUUUUUUAUCUUUAUUUUUUAAUUUUGGCUGUAAGCUGUACAGACUGAUGAUGCAAAAAUCAAUCCCCAUAUUUUUUCCUCUUAAUCAUUCAGUAUUGUAAUAUAUUUAAUAUAAAAUAAAA